GCUCACCUUUGUGCAAAUCCUCGUCAUGGCCGGUACUGUGCCAACCAUCUCCAUCACCAAUCCUGACAUGGAGAGUGAGAACUUGGCCCUUACGGCUCCAAACACUCCAGAUUCCCCCACUGUCUUUGACAUUGUAAAGACCAUUGACCAUAAAGAUUGGGAAACCGAAGCUCCUCUUUCGCUGGAUGAUGGCAACGAUGUGGCCAAAGACCUCGAAGUGGCCAACGGUGACCAUCAUAUCGACAGCGAUGAUUCGGAUGAUCUUCAUCGCAUCGAAACCAUUGAGUAUGGAAAAAAUUCACUGGAAUCCGAUGAAGACCCUGAGCAGCAACCAAAGACACAUGCUACUGCAGAUAGCAAGCAAACCACCCCUACUCAAGCUUCUUCGAGAAAGUUACCCGAAAGUAUCAUUCAGGAUGAAGAGACGCUCUCAUUCGUAGCUCUUUCUCAGUUCUACAAUGAGAAAUCCAUUCUGAUUACCGGUGUCACAGGCUUUAUAGGAAAAGCCGUUUUAUGGAAACUGCUAAAGUCACUGCACGAACCGAUUGAGAAAAUAUAUGUCUUGAUUCGUCCGUCUGGAACGCAUCGUAAAUCUACUUCUCGUCCAUCCGAUCGAUUGCAUCAAGAAGUACUUUCAAAUAAAGCUUUUGUCAACCUCCGGAGAACGUUUGGAGCUACAGCAUUUGAUCGAUUGAUCAAGGAAAAAGUCCAGGUCGUAGUGGGUGAUUUGAACUCGCCAUCUUUAGGCCUGUCUGAUGCCGACCGAGCUGCCAUUAUCAAGAACGUCAAUGUGGUAAUACACUGUGCCGCCAGCAUUGACGGAAAAGAACGAUUGGAUACCGCAACAAUGACGAAUGCAAUUGGAACAAUGCGGUUGAUGGAUUUAGCGGAUGAAUGUGCACAUAUGAAAUCGUUUGUUCACUUGUCUCCAGCCACUACACCAAAUGAUUAUUCGUCAGCAUCAGGUUCACCAGUACAAGAACGCAUAUACCCAUUGGGUUUGGGGGAUCCAGAGACUCUUUUGAACCAAACUCUCGGCAUGGACGUGGAAGAGAUGACUCAAAUGACCCAACGAGUCUUGCAAUACUUUCCCAAUACUUAUUUAUACACAAAGGCACUUGCUGAGCAUUUACUGUUGAAGCGAGCUGAAUCGAAACGUGUUCAUGAAGAAAAUGGUACACGAGAACAAUAUCCCAUCGCCAUCAUGCGUAUCAGCGCUGUUGGUGCUGCUGUCUCCGAACCAUUGGUUGGAUGGGCCGAUAGCGUUGCUGGCCCGUGUGGCAUGAUUCUACUCAUUGGCAAAGGAAUGCUGCCAAUUCAAGCGAGUGAUGGAGACAACCUCUUGGACAUUGUGCCUGUUGAUUACGUCGUUCGCUUGAUACUCGGAUGCGCUGCUUCCAUCAAAGCUCCCGGUACUGAAUUCAUCCCUCCCUACCCCGAGUACAUUCAUUCCUCUACAGAUCAAGUUACACGCCCACCUUCUCUUGCUGGUUCGGUAUCCAAUGAUUCUACAAGACCUCCUUCCAGUGUCACUUCUCCGAGCUAUCAGCGAUCAUCCACCGCAACGUCUCGAUCAUCUCGUCCUCUCUCCCAAAACUUCGAAGCCAAAGAUACCACCUAUUUCCCUUACAUUUACAAUGUCUCAGUACAGUCAUUGGACCCAAUUUCUUGUCGUGAUGGCUAUGAUAUCAUCCGUGAAUAUUGGACACGAGCAACCUCAGUGGUCAUUCCUACUUCUCAAGCGUAUUUCUCACCUCCUCCUAACUCGGGUGGUCUCUCCCGUGCACGUACUAUGAUGCGUACCUUGACCAGUAUGGUGGGUAGUGUACCUACUAGCAGCGGAGAUGCCUUGACGGGUAUACCUAAACGUAGCUCUCAGAGAUUGAGCCGCAUUAUUGAGAAAGCGUCCAAGCUAUCUGAAGGAACCAAGGGAUUUGCACGCCAGUCAGCCGUUUUCCUGGAUCACCAUGUACGCGAGUUGAAACUUCUGUUAAGUCAAGCUGACAACCGAGGCGACUAUGACUUGCAAGAUAUUAUACCUGAUGAUGCUGGCCCAACAUUCUGGAAAUCGUAUCUCCUGGAUGCUAGUUAUGGUGUCCACUACUAUGUUGGUCAAGAAACUGGCCUUCGCAACAACAAUUUGCCGGCUGGUUGGGAUUGUGCCAUUCGACCUCGCGCUACGCUAUUGUAUCAAGGAAAUACGUUGCAUCAGCUCGUUAUUGACCGUCGAAUCCACAGCGCCAUCUUCUCCCUUGCCCAGGUUAACCAGCGUAUAGAACGCAUGGUUUCCCAUGUGGAAGAUGCUGUCAUCAAGCCUAACCAUGGGCAAAUACGACCCAAGAACGCCUUAGAAGCGGAAGCUGUGAAGAAACACGACGAGGAAUGGCUGACUGAUCUGGAUGAUGCUCUGGCUGAUUGGUGUGAGGAUGUAUUGACAAAGGAUGCUCCAGACGGCAGCACCGAACUUGGUCGCUGGAGAGUCAAAAUUGGCGACAAUGAUGAGGCUGUCAAAGUGCUUGUUCUGAACGACAAACGUGUUGGCGCUAGUCUCAAGCAAAUUGUCCAAAAUGCUGGCGUUCCACAGCAAACCGGAAUUAAUGAAGCCAUGAAAAUUCUCUUGCGAAUGAGAGAGCGCACUCAACUCUCUUACGUUUGGUUCGCUGGAUCGUUCCUCAAGAGCCUGCUCGGUGACAUGUUUGAAAGUGUUCGUGUGCAAGAACAGGAUAUCGCAAAGGUACGACAAGCUAUUCAAGGAAAGCGAGUUGUAUAUGUACCAGUCUACAAGACUGUCUUAGACCCAUUGAUGGUGUGGUAUACCGUCAUUCGAUAUCAGUUGCCAGUACCCGCCUUGGCAUGCGACGAAUUCAUGGGUGGCCUCGGUCCGUUAUCAGAUGUAUUCCGACUUGCUGGUGCCUUCUACAUUAAGCGUAAUGCCAAAGCCAGGUCUCCUUUGAACUCUGCCGUCACAGCCGCUUACACGCAAGUUUUACUGCGUGAACAUGGCGCACUCUCUUUUGUCCUUGAGACAGCUCGUUCACGUACCGGCAAGCCUCAAGCUUCGUACCCUGAUGGCCUGGUUAGCAUGAUUUUGGAAGCUGCCCUCCAGCAUAAUCAAAGUCGACUUUCACAACACUCUAUGGACUCCGACACUGCGCCUGCUUCGCCUAUUUCCCCCAGCUCUCCCAACCCAGAGGGUCUUGUCGGUCAAAAAGAUGUCGUUUUUGUUCCUAUCAAUAUCACUUAUGAAAAGAUUCCUGAGCUUUCCACAUUGGUGGAUGAAGUCCUUGAUCAACGUCCACAAUCUCAAGCAACAUCGCUGCGUCUUCCUAUGCGAGGUGUCACCCGACCCAGUGAAGCAAUGGACAAACGUCAGAAGACCUUGGAAGGUAACCAAGCUAGCCAUGGCCGUUACGGCCGGGCCCUUGUUGGUUUUGGCGAGGUGAUUAGUGUCCAAAACAUGGCCGCGGAAGUCAACAGCACCCUCAAGUUGCCUGUGUUUGGAGCUCUUGCCGAGGAUGAGGCCAUGGUUCAGAAGAUAACCAAGAACAUUCAACAGAAUCAACGGGAUGCUCUCAUUAUUUCUCCUGUCGGUCUUGUUUCAGCUAUUAUUUUGUAUGGAAGAGCCACUGGUGGUGUCCAUCUGGGCAAAAUACGAGAUUUGUUAGAAUGGCUUUGCACAGAGAUCAAGCAGCGUGGAUUAAAGUUGGAUUGGCAAGACGGUCAAGAUCUAGACGCGAUCAUCUUCAAUGCCUUCAAAAUAUUAGAUGAACAACGAAACCUCAUCAUAGAAGGAAGGGAAGUGAACGACGAGACCAAUAUUCGGGUGAACGACCACGCCGACAAUGUGAUGACCUUGUCAUACCAUGCCAACCAAAUUGUUGAUCCUUUCCUAUGUGAGGCGUUCUUCUCUGUGGUGUACUUGUCAUUCACAUCUGCUACGGUUGCCAAGGAGGAAAUCAUGGAUCGAUUCCGGUUCCUUGUUCAGAUGUUUGAGCAAGAAUUUGUCAUUAAAUGGGACAUUGACGAGAAAUUUGCAUCCAUUCUCGACUCUUUUGUGGCCAAAGGUAUCAUCAAAAUCGACUCCAGCAAGCCCAGCGAACUCAUUUUGGCGGUGGGAUUGGAAACAGAUGCAUUGCAAUAUGAGCGCCUCAUCUUCUUGGCCUCGUUGGUCUAUCCUACAGUGGAUGCUUACUGGAUUACAUCGUGCUCACUGUCUGCUCUAGAAGCAGUUCCAUCACUGCCUCGUAGCAUUGUACCACUUCUUUGCCAAUGGAUUGCUACGCACCUGAUUAGCGGACGGCGAACUAUCUAUCGUGAAGUUCUCUCCACGGAAGCCAGUCGCACCGCAGUAGAUGUCUUCAUGGCACUUGGAUUUGUGUCUGAAACGCAAGCCAAGGAAAAAUUGUCGCCUGAUGCCCAGAUGCUGUUGCACGAGUUGGGUAUCUCCACCAGUGAGACUCUCAUUGAACUGAAUGGACAGAACAGCGAAGGAGGAGCGACUCCGGUAUCGCCUGUGGACCCGGAAGGCAUGAUGCGAGCGCUUAUGGCGCAAAUCCAAAUGAACCGAGCCAACUCCAAUAUGGCGGAUCUAUGCCAGCAGAUUGAUUCUUAUCGACUUGGUGCGGCGUCUCAGCGUGAGAGCUUCCAGAAUGCCCAGGUGUUCAACAAAUGCCAAAAGCAAAUCAAGGGCAUCCUACGCGCCAACAGCGAUACUAGCUUUGCUCAACGUCGUGGCCACCAGCUGGUCGAACAGGAGGAAGACAUGGUCCAACUUGUCUAUGCAUUGCGCCAGGGUAGCGCUUCUAAUACCACUUUGGAUGCUUCUGGAAAGUCUAUCCGCAGAGUGUCGGAAGCAUACAACCUUCAAAAAUCCUCCUCCACAUCGUAGAAACCACCCUCUUUAGAUAUUUACCCAUAGUUCGCACUAUGCCAUCUUACAUACAUCAUAAAUAAUAAAUGACAUUUACAUUACAUUCAUGAAUAGA